UGUGUUUAUUGGUCUAUGGUUAUUUGUUAUCAUAGACUACAGAUAAAAUAAUAACUGUAUACCAUAGACCUAUUAACAGGUCUAUGGUAUAUACGACCCAAGGUUUAUAGAUAAUACUAUUAUCUUUAAACCUUGUAUACGAUCGACGACCGUAAUACGUGCAUUAAAUGUAUACUUACAGUUUAAGCCUAAAUAACUACCAUUACUACCUAAUAUACUGUAUUAAUAUUAUUUAUUAUUGAAAGUUAGAUAUAGAUUCCUUUGACGAUUUACAAAAAUCAUGUCAUCGGUUAUGUUAGGCACGAUCGACAAAGAUUCUACCAUCGAACCAUUUAGGCUUACUAGUCAGUUUUUUCCAUCCAAGGUGGGUGGCAAACCAGCUUGGUUGGAUUUGAAACAUAUACCUGAAGCAAGUGAAUUGAUAUGCUCAAAGUGUAAUGUCCCUGUAGUUUUUUUGUGUCAAUUGUAUGCUCCAAUCGACGAACCCGAUCGCCAUGGUGCUUGUUUUCACCGAACAUUAUAUGUGUUCUUUUGCAACGAAUGCAAAGACAAUAGAACGUUUCUAGUUUUCAGAUCACAACUUUGCAUUAAAAAUGAUUACUAUUCAGAUGAUCCCGCUGAACCUGGUGAUUUGGAUAUUACACCAGAUAUGUGGGGAAUAAAAUUAUGUAAAGUAAGUAUUGUGGCAUUUGUGUAAAUAAGUAGUAAUGUUUUCAGUCAUGUGGCCAAAUAUAUAGAAACAAAAAAUGUCAUAUUUAUUGUUGAAAUGUUUGAUGUAUGUUUAAUGGUUUUAAACGCUAUAUAAAUUUCACAAAAUUAAAGUAGUACCUAUCUAUUUUAUUAUGCACUUAAACUAAAAGAACUAAUAACUUUAUGCAUUUUUUUUUCCUAUAAUUUAGACUAUUUAGUUUGUAUAGUUGAUAUUUAUUUUUUGUUUUUUUUGUUAGAUAUGUGGAUGCAAGUCUAUAAUAGAAUAUGAAUAUUUAUAUUGUAGCUCACACCAUCAAAAUAUUGAUUUAAAUAGAGAAUUAAAAGACAAGUAAUGUGUUACAUUUUAACAUUUAACAUUAAGGAAUUUAAAAAUAUUAAUAUUAGAAAUUAUAUAAUUUAGAUUUGUUGUGAUAUUACCUGAAUAUAUUAUUGAUGAAGAGUCUGAUGAUUGUUCAGUUGAAAGUUCAUUGAAUAGUGAGGACGAUGAAAGUGAUAACAGUGAAAAUUGCGAAAUAGCCCAUAUUCCAAAAGGAUCUCUUCAAGGUAAAAUACUUGUAAAUUAAUUUUUAGUAUUUUUAUUUUUUAUUAUGUUGUAUAUUUUAUUUAUAGACAUGGAUGGCUUGGAUGAAGCUUUGUUAGAAAUGGCCUAUGGAGGUGACAAAGAUGAUGAAUAUUUUGAAAAGUUUAAAAAAUCAAUAUCUUCAGUUCCUGGACAAAUUAUUAGGUAGAUAUCAAUCCUAUAAUUCUUAUUAAUAUUAUCUUCAGAAAGAAAGCUGUCCUAAGAUAAUGGGGACGGGUGCAGUCACUAUUGUGUGUGGGAAGUUGGGAAGGUAGGAUAUAGAUAGGAAUUUAAUAUAUAUCUGUAAGCAACGAUAAACCAUUGCUUAUGGAAAAAAAAUACAAUUCUGAGCGGAAUUCUGCUGAUAAGUGUUGCUUUGUCAACAAUAUACAUGUCAUAUUAUGGCAAAUCACAUAUGCAUUAAACAUUUUCUUUAAUAAUAUUUGUUUAAUAUUAUACCUAUUUUCCCAUUUUUCCUAUGUUUUUUCCCAUUUAUUGGGAGAACUUAUGAGUAAAUCAAAAAAUGACCUUUCUAAAGUACUAUCCCAGUCAGAUUUCCUUUCUGAAAAAGUGCUUUCAUUAUUAAUCGGAACAAAAUUGCUAGUAGAAAAGUUGUCCACAGAAAAAAAAAAAAAAUAACAUUAUAAAACAAAUACAUUCCACGUGCCAUUUAGAUUCUAAAAUGUAAAAUAUUUAUAUAGAUACGAUCGCUUAGGAGCACCAUUAUGGAUCUGUACCAAACGCAUACCUGAACUUAAUGAUAUUCCCUCCUGUCAAUUUUGUGGCAAACAAAGAAGUUUUGAAUUUCAAGUAUGUUAAAUUCAAAUUAAAUUAAUAUUAAUUUAACAUAUAAAUUAUUAUGUUGUAUGUUUUUAGAUAAUGCCACAAAUUUUGUACUAUUUAAAAUUGCCAGAAUUUUCAAGUAAUGAUUCUUCAUUCAAUUUUGGCAUUUUAGCUGUUUACACUUGUCCUGAAAGUUGUGAGACUGGUGAUAAAUAUAAUAAAGAAUUUUUGUGGGAACAAAGUCCACUAUAAUAAAAACUUGCAUUUAAUAUAAUAUAUAUUCAUGUGGGUAUAAAUAUGACCUGUAUAUAUAAUGAUUUAAAUCAUAAUAAGUAUACAAUAUUAUGAAUAUUUUCUAAUCCUGUAAAAAGUUUAAAAAACUAUCAUUAUUUGUAUUAUAUACAAAUUUAUUUAUAGAACUGCAUAAUUAUUAGUGCAUUUUGGAAUAAGUAUAUUCAUCAAUAGUUUUAAAGUUUUUUCCUUAUUAAUUAGUAUAUUAGUAGUAUUUAUAGACUUAUUAGUGUGUUCAAAAUAUUAUACUAAAUUAAUAUUGCGUAAAAAAAAAAACAUUUUUUAGUUAAGUGAUGAUUAUAUAAACAAUUAUUUAGUAAAUGUAUAUUUGAACUAGGUAUUGUUAUAAUACUAUACUUAAUUGUAUUAUCUUUUAUCCAAACAUUUUAUUAACCAUUAUAUUGUAAUAACAUUUCUACUAAUAUCUAAGUUAUUAAAAUAUAUUUAUUAUUAAUGUAAAAAAAUAAUAAUAUUUUAUUUAUGUUUAGUCA